AUGGCUAGAACUAGCUCUGCCUGUCUCAGUGUAGCUUCCUUCCUCUUUUUUUCAAGCUUACUGUGGAAUUUCAAUGCUGCAAGGAACACACUCAAACCAGGUGACACUCUAAAUUCCUCAAGCUCCUUAGUUUCUGCAAUGGGGAAAUUCACCAUGGGGUUCCAUAUUUAUGACCACAAUUUGAACUAUAGCUACCUCGUUGUUAAGUGGGCUUCAAGUCGUAAUUAUGCAUGGAUUGCCAAUAGAAACAAACCCAUUUUGUACCCUUUGGGAAUUCUUACCUUGGACCAAAAUAAUACAUUGAAAAUUACACACAAGGAUGGUGAGCCUGUUGUACUUUACUCUGCUUCAGAAACUAGCAAUGCCAAUAAUAUUGUGGCUACCCUUUUAGAUUCUGGCAAUUUUGUCCUACAAGAAUUGAGCUUUGAUGGAUCACCCAAAAGGGUUUUGUGGCAAAGCUUUGAUUUCCCUGUAGACGUCCUUCUGCCAGGUAUGAAAUUAGGUUUGAACCAUAAAAGUGGUCAUGUUUGGUCACUUUCAUCAUGGUUUACUCCUAACAGUGCAGUGCCAGGGGCUUUCACUCUUGAUUGGGACCCGGAGGCACACGAAUUGAAGAUUAGACGGCGCGGGGUGGUUUAUUGGAGCAGUGGAGCCUUUAGGAAUGGGAGAUUUAAAUUUAUUUUGCCUGAUGAAUCCAAGCUGAGGUAUAAUUUUAGUAUUGUGUCAAAUGAAGAUGAAGAUUACUUCACUUACAGUGCUGUAGAUCAAAGUGGUAUAUCAGAAUGGGUGCUAACCACAAUGGGGAGACUAUAUGACUUUGAUGAGACAAUUGAUAUUGCACAAGCAGAUUAUUGUUAUGGCUCCAACACUGAUGGAGGGUGCCAGAUGUGGGACCGGCCAAUUGAUUGCAGGCAUGCUGGUGAUAGAUUUGAGGAAGAAAAGGGUUACUUCAAUCCAACCGGCUCUGGUCGACAGCAACGAGUGAUACUUCAAAUACAAGCUUCAGCAUCAGUGAUUGUAAGGCUGCUUGCUGGAAAAAUUGUGACUGCCUUGGAUUCAACUAUCUGUUUGAUAAUCAGACCGGAUGUCGAUUUUGGACUGGCCACUGGGAGUUCAUCAAGGACAGCACAGGCAUCGAGCAACCAUGAACAUAAGAGGAUAAUCUGGAUUGGUACUGCUGCUGCUGCUGCUCUAUUGACAAUGGUGCUUUGCAUCAUGUGCUGUUUAUUAAGAAGAAGAAUUUUUUUACUUCCAGGGGAGAACAGGAGAAAGAUUGAUGACAAGGAAUUGCUUGACGUGAAGGAAUCUUACUCAUCUAACAAUGUCAAUGCGCUUCAGAAUGAUGGAGAUAUGGGGCAUGAUUUAAGAGUAUUUAGCUAUGCAUCUGUCAAGGCAGCCACAGGAAACUUCUGUGAUGAAAACAAGCUUGGAGAAGGGGGCUUUGGACCAGUUUAUAAAGGGAAAAUGUCAACGGGACAAGAAAUAGCUGUGAAGAGGCUUUCAAGAUGUUCGCUACAAGGAACAUGGGAGUUUAAGAAUGAGUUGAUACUUAUAUCUGAACUUCAACAUACAAAUCUUGUUCGGAUUUUGGGAUUUUGCAUUCAUGGUGUAGAGAGGAUGUUAAUAUACGAGUAUAUGCCAAACAAAAGUCUAGACUACUUUUUAUUUGAUUCAACCAGAGGCAUGUUACUAGACUGGAAGAAGCGUUUUAAUAUAAUCGAAGGAAUUGCUCAAGGACUGCUUUACUUGCACAAAUAUUCAAGAUUGAGGGUGAUUCAUAGAGAUCUUAAAGCUAGUAACAUAUUACUUGAUGAAGAUAUGAACCCCAAAAUUUCUGACUUUGGUAUGGCAAGGAUUUUCAAGCAUAAUGAGCGGGAAGCAAAUACUAAUAGGAUCGUUGGGACAUAUGGUUACAUGUCUCCUGAGUAUGCAAUGGCAGGGAAACUUUUCAACAAAGUCCGAUGUCUAUAG